AUGGAUGUGCAUGACAAUAGAGGGCACAUUGAGGUACCUGGAGGACCUGCCUGCACAUCCCAUAAAAACAAACUGUAUCCCAACAACAAGGAGCAGAGGCCAGAGUGUGAGGCCAUGAAGAAGCAGGCUCAUUGGGAACAUUCUUUUAUAGGAUCUUUGAUCAAAAUGUUCAGUAACAACGGCUGGGCCCCAAGGACAGUGAAAGAAGAACCAAACAUGGAUUUUGUCCAGAAAUACCUAGAAAAUGACUAUAAUCUUGGAAAAGAUAUGAGGAGAAAUGACAGCAGUGUCAUGGUUAAAAAUAUCCAACAAAUGCAGCAGUCCUUUGGGUUGCCAGUGGCUGAGAAUAUGGAUGCGGACAAUCUGGAGGUGAUGCGUAAGCCCAUAUGUGGAGUCUCCACCAUUAGUAACUGCAGUGUCUUUCCUUGCUCACCCAAGUGGAAGAAAAAUAACCUUACUUACAGGAUUGUAAACUAUAUACCGAAGCUGUCAAGAGAUACUACUGAUUCUGCCAUUGAGAGGGCUCUGAAACUCUGGGAGGAGGUGACUCCUCUCACAUUCUCCAGAAUUUAUGAAGGAGAGGCGGACAUAAUGAUCUCUUUUAUGAGUAGAGGUCAUAAAGAUGUCUUUUUACCUCAUUACGCAUCUGAAUUUGGUAAGGCUCAUGCCUAUCCACCAGGAGAAGGGUUAUAUGGAGACAUUCAUUUUUACGAUGAUGAACAAUGGGCAGAGGAUAAUUCAGGGACCAAAUUAUUCUUUGUGGCUGCUCAUGAAGUUGGCCAUUCCCUGGGUCUCUUUCAUUCAGAUGACCCCAAAGCUGUGAUGAAGCCUUUCUACAAUAAACUUGCAGACCAUUUCCACUUGCACCUUUCUCAGACUGAUGUAAAUGGCAUUCAAUCCCUCUAUGGACCUCCACCUCCCUCCUCUGAUAAAACCACGGUGCCCGUGAAACCCGUUCGUUCAAAAUCUAAGGCACCAUCUGUGUGCGACCCUGACUUGUCCUUUGAUGCAGUCAGCACUUUGAGAGGGGAAAUUCUCUUCUUUAAAGAUAGAUAUUAUUGGCGAAAAAUUCGCAUGAAUCAUAAACCUAUAUUGUUUUCAAUUUCCUUAUAUUGGCCCUCUCUUCCGUCAAAAUUGGAUGCUGCAUAUGAAGUUGAGGUCAAGGAUAUUGUCUUUCUAUUUAAAGGGAAUCAGUUCUGGGCCAGUAAUGGAAAUGUGCUGCAAGCAGGUUAUCCAAAAAGCAUCCACAUGCUAGGCUUUCCUCCAACCGUUGAGAAAAUUGAUGCAGCUGUUUCUGAUAAGAAAAAUAAAACCUACUUUUUUGUAGAUGACAAAUACUGGAGAUUUGAUGAGAAUAGCCAGUCCAUGGAUCAAGGCUUCCCCAGACUAAUAACUGAGGACUUUCCAGGAAUUGAGCCAAAGAUUGAUGCUGUAUUUGAAACAUUUGGAUUCUUUUAUUUCUUCAGUGGAUCAUCACAGUUUGAGUUUGACCCUAAUAGCAAGAUGGUGACGAAGAAAUUGAAGAGUAACAGCUGGUUAAAUUGUUAA